AUGGCUGGAAGCCUGGAGGAGCGAGCGCGCGCGGUCCGCGGGGCGGUGCGCCUGCAGCGGGCCUUCCUGCGCGGCCCGCUGGGCGUGCUGCGGCUGCUCCAGCUGCUGGCCGGCGCCGCCUUCUGGAUCACCAUCGCCACGAGCCGCUACCAGGGCCCCGUGCACUUCGCGCUCUUCGUGUCGGUGCUCUUCUGGUUGCUGACCCUGGGCCUCUACUUCCUCACGCUGCUGGGCAAGCACGAGCUGGUGCCCGUGCUGGGCUCGCGCUGGCUCGUGGUCAACGUGGCGCACGACCUGCUGGCGGCCGCGCUCUACGGCGCCGCGACGGGCAUCAUGAUCGCCCAGACGCAGAGCCACAGCUACUGCAACCUCAAGGAUUACCAGAUGGCCUGCGCCUACCACGCCUUCCUGGCGGCCGCCGUCUGCGGCGGCCUCUGCCUCGGCCUCUACCUGCUCUCGGCGCUCUACGGCUGCUGCCGCCGCUGCCAGGGGGAGCAGGAGGUGGCGUGAGCCGCCGCGCCGCGGGGCGGGGGCCCUCCCGACACCGGCGUCCCCGUCUUUCCUGCCGCCGCCGCCCCGCGCCCGUGCGCCUCGGCACCCACCCGUUGCCCCGCGCUCCCUUCGCCGCCAGCGCCCAGGCGGCCCCGGCCCUCAGUUCCCGCCCGACGGCAGUGGCGCCGCCCACGCCGUUCGUUUCCAGGGACCCGGGCAAGGCCACGUCCGAGGAGCUGGCCCCCAUGCUCAGCCUGGACGCCCGAAGCGAAACCUCGCGGUUCCUCGUCCCCUUCCCUACCGAGAUGGAGACGUGUACCGGCGCCGCGUAGAUCCGGGGGAGGCUCCCAGUUGGAACCGGCCUUCUGGCUGCGCCACUGCCCCCUCCCUCCCGCCCCGCGGUCGGAAGAGCACCCCGCUCCUUGACCCCUCUCCCAGCCUCGAGUGCUGUGAAGGGCAGGCCCGCAGCGGCGGGCGGAGCUGGGGACAGGCCUCCACGAGUCCUGGGAUGAGCGAAGAGUUUUAGCUUGGGAUUGUGUGAGCAUCCUGCGCGGUCUGUGCUGUGAUGUUGGGGUGGAGCCUGCCUGCAGGGGUGAGGAUGGAUUGGAAAGGCCCGCGGGCUGCACCUUGGCACCUUUGGAGUCUUCUCUCGCCUCUGCCUGCUCAGCCUUUGUCCGCGCGGUCCUUGGAGGCCAGGCCCAAAUGCACACGACUUUCCAGGCCUCACCUUACCAGCCUUACUCUCACGUGCUUCAGCUCCCCCACCCCAACCUCCCAGUUAGGGCCCACAGAUCCAUAAGGAAUGUCAGGUGAGCCUCACCCCGUUUCUUGGGAAAGCCAGAAUAAGAUUGGAACCCCGUUUCCUGACUUCCAUUAGAACCCUGUAUCCAGACUCCUAGUCCAGCACUGUUUACAUUAAAGCAGUAGGUGUUCCCAGGAACCCCUGGCUCAGGAGCUUUCCUCUAACAGGGGGUUUCAACACAAAUGGGUUUGUCAAAGGUGCUAUCUCCACUUGGAGAUUCACGAUGCUCAUUAGCACAUCAAAGGCUCUGAGAAGUCCGGCUGUAAAAGAAACCCAGGUAAUUUAGUUUACAGUGUUAACUGCCUCUGGACCUGGACCAGUUAGUUUUUGCCACUUAAGUCUUCCAAGCAUCCUUGUCCUGGCCUGGCUGUCAUUUCAUUCCUAAGGGAUACAACCCAUUUCAUUCCUAAGGGAUACAACCCAUUGAAGAUCUGGGGUGCUCCUUUUGUUUCAUGGGGAAUUUCUCCAGCGGAGGGAGGGCCUGAGGGAGAAGAUUGCUGUCCCUGCCAGCCCCAUGAGAGACCUCGGAACUGGCAGAUCUGAACAUUCCUCUACAUUCUUUGCAAAAUGAAGCCAAAGUUAUCCAGGUGGUUUCCAAGAAUGCCUGUAAGAGAUGCCAGCAUGGACUGUGAGCAACUGGCAGGAGGGGUUCAAACUCACCGAAGAGAAGGAAACUCCAAGCAGGGGUGAACGGCUGGCCCCCCCUCCGUCAGGUUUCCAUGUUGCUGAGGCCAUGCAGGUUCCCAGAGCCGGUCAUGCGGUUUUGCUGAUGUCUCCCAGGGCAGGGGACGCCUGCUUCCCUGGGCCAGCAGGGGGCUGCAGAGUGGGGAGACCUGACCGCCACCUCAGCCCAGCAGCUUCCCUUCAGCACCAUCCGAUGGGAGAUCCGGGAUGAGUGAAGAUUCAUUUUACCUUAACACAAGAGAAAUCCUGAUUCUCCUUGUGCCAACUUGGGCAGGAGACUCCAGACGCCUGGAACUGAGCCGUGCACCUCUGUACCCUCAACAAUGGGUUUUAGCUCCAGCCUCUUCCUUUUCCUCUUUUUUCAGAUCACCAUUUAAGCUGCGUAUUCAGCUCAGAACCAGCCCCCAGAGGAUCUCUUCUUAGCCCCCCAGCUCAUGGUGAUCUGCCAGGUGACCUUACUCAGGAGUAGACCUCUCCUUGGCCUUCAUGCUACCUUAUCCAUCCAGAUGUGCCUGAAACAUUCCAGAGCUCACAGGCUCUUGUAGAUGUGCCUUCCUGCUUGGCCUCCAGCUGCCUCUCGAGAUGUGCGAAGGACUUGUUAAACGCCCCCACGCCCAUCCCCUCCUCCCCCUUGAGACUGUGUACCUAGGAAGGGCUACCUGACCUGGCCCAGAAUUUUUGAAUACUGGGGGCAGCUUCAUUGGCCUCCUUCAUGAGACUCUAGGACUUAGUCUAGCCUGAGACCACCGUGGGCUCCUACCAGUCCCAAAGUCUAGGACCACUUGCGGACCCAGGAAAGAAAUUAGCUGGUGUUCUACAAAGGCCAAUAGAGAGAGUGGGAGUGGGUGGGGUGAGGGCCAGUAGCGAGAGGGGACCAAUGUGCCUCAUUUAAUAGUUUAGUUGUGAUUAUUAAUUUGCUCUUCUGAAUAAAAUUUGGUUUGUCUGA